AUAGUUUUUAUUAUAUCAUUUAUAAGAAACAUUUGGAUAUCGUAGCUAGUGAGAAGACGAAAUUUUAAAAUCUUAAGUGGUGUUCGGAUGAUAUCCGUAAAUCGAUUUUUUACCAAAUUUAUUGUUUUAGAAUGCGUCGUUCUAAAACUUCGAAGGUUUCGACUGAGGUCGGUGGAGAAGUCAUAGAUGGUUGUUCUAAUGGUGUGAGUUCCAUGCGAAUUAAUGCUGGCGCAGUUUUUGAGCGUGGUGAUGGUGAUUCUAGUCAUCAGGGACGUAUAAGUAUUAGCUCUAAGGAACAACUAGGCGUAAAUGUGCAACAUGAAGUUCAAGAAGUUGUAAGUGUUAAAGAUGAUGAGCAAGGACGUAUAAAUGUUAAAGCUGAUAAGCAAGUAGGUGUAAGUGCUGAACAUGUAGAUCAAGAAGGUGUAAGUGUUGAAGAUGAUGAGCAAGGACAUAUGAUUGUUGAAAAUGAGGAUUUAGUACGUCCGUCACGUGAACAUAUUAAUGAAGCACGUCUUAAAAAACGUAGGGUCCUUCAGUCUGGUUCAUCAAAACCCACUUUGUGCUGGAUACAUACAUUAAUUUCUAUUAUCCUCAUCAUUAUACUAUACUUGACAUAGAAACUUACACUUUUGAGAAAGGAUUUUUGAACAUAAAAAUUAAUUGAAAUAAAGCGGAAAGUUCACCUGUUUUUUAUUAUCAUAAAUAUAUGAAUGUAAUACUUAGAAGUUAUACUAUAGGUACAAAUUUGUUAUAAAAUCGUAACAAAUA